AUGAAGAAGGACGACUGGGAAGCAGGACACACUCACGCCGCAGACCAACGGCUCAGGUCGGCCGACGCUCUAUCCAGUGUGCUCUUCUACGAGCGCAUCAGACACUUCACAUGGGCCUGGUUCACCCUUAUCAUGAGCACCGGCGGCAUCGCGCUGUUGCUGCACGGCACGCCUCAUCGGUUCCGCGGCCUCGAUGUCAUCGGCAAGAUCUUCUUUCUGCUCACCGUUUUGCUCUUCGUCGGCCUCAUGGCCGGUAUCACGUACCGCUUCGUAUCGACUCCUCCGGCGCUGAAGGCUAGUUUAAUGCACCCGACGGAGAGCCUCUUCUUCCCGUGCUUUCUGCUGAGCAUCGCUACCAUUCUCGCCAACACCGCCGCGUACGGUGUCCCGUCCACUGGUCCCUGGCUGGCCGUUACCCUGCGGGUGUGCUUCUGGUUAUACGCAGCGAUCUCGGUCAUAUCGGCAAUUGUACAGUUCUUUGCCCUCUUCAAUGGCGCCCGACUACCUAUUCACUCCAUGACCCCGGCAUGGAUCCUGCCCAUCUUCCCCGCCAUGCUGACGGGGACGCUCGCGGCCGCCAUUAUGCCUUCGCAGCCGCCCGAUCAACAACUACCAAUGCUUGUCGCGGGCGUCACGUAUCAGGGCCUUGGAUGGAUCGUUGCGUCGCUCAUCUAUCCAUUAUAUCUCGGUCGCCUAAUGCAAGACGGAUUGCCCGCUCCAGCCAUGCGACCGGGUAUGUUCAUUGCCGUCGGUCCAGCCGGCUACACCGCUGUGGCCCUCAUCGGCAUGGCUCGUGCCAUUCCGUCCGACUACGGCUAUUUCGCGACGUAUCCUGCCGCGGAGCAAAUGUUGCGUAUCCUGGCACUCUGGGUAAGCCUUUGGAUAUGGUGCGUGGCGUUUUGGUUCUUCGGAUUCAGCCUCAUGGCCGUGUUGGCCGCGGCAACGAAAUGGAAGCUUCGCUUCUCAAUGGCGUGGUGGGCUUUCGUGUUUCCCAACGUCGGGUUUACUCUUGCAACGGGGUCCAUCGGUCAGGAGUUUGACAGUGAGGGGGUCAAGUGGGUGGCUAGUAUCAUGUCGAUUUGCAUCGUCAUUCUCUGGUUUGUGGUACUUUGUGCACAGAUUGUUGCCGUACGGCACAAGAAGAUUCUUUGGCCUGGACGAGACGAGGAUAGACGAUAG